UAUUUUAAAUUAAUAAGCGACAAAUAUCGUUACACUUAUUUCAUGGGUUACACCAGCAGACCUCAGGUUGUUUCACAAGAACCGUUUACAUUCAGUACCAUCACGUUUAUUUAGUUUUUGAUAGUAAUGUUAGCACUGAUGCUAGUUAGCUUAAAUACUGUACCAACACGGCCUUUAAUUAAGCUAGCACCUCAGUUAGCUUAACGUUCCUGUGUAUCCUCUCACGUGUAUUGCUGCACAGCAUAGACGCACUUCUGGACGUGAAGCUCGACCUCUCCAUCCACCUGCUCCCGUGACUCGCAAGGUCAUCAUGAACCUCGUAGUGGUGGAAAACAUCUACCUCCUGGUCAUUGUCACCCUCAUCAGCGUACUUCAGAAUGCAUUCUUCGCCCUGAAGGUAGAGAAGGAGUGCAAAACUCAAAAUGUCAACACAGCUGCUUUUGAACGAGUCUCUUGUGCCAAUCGCAACUGCAUGGAUGCUUAUCCCACUUUCCUGGCAGUGAUGUGGUGUGCCGGUCUGUGUCUCAGUCAAGCGCCUGCUGCCUUUGCCGGGAUCAUCUAUCUUGUAGUCAGGCAGAAGUACUUUGUUGGAUACAUGGGACAAACCUCUCAAAGCACUCCGGGCUACCUGUUUGGAAAACGCGUCCUCGGCUUCCUGUCCCUGAUGUGCAUCGUGGGCAUCUCCAGCUACCUGCUAGUGCGCUACUACGGCAACGGCUAUAAGGAAUACGUAGAGACCAUCGCCAACGCUGCAUCUGCUCUUCUCCUCAUCCCUUAGUCCAGUUGGUGUGUGUCACAUAAUGGCAACCCCACAUUUAUCUUUUAACUUAUGAGAACUCAAUUAAAACUCUGUACUCGAUUUUUUUUGUUGUAAAAGAACAUUUAUUGUGUUUGAGUUUGGUAAAAAAUAAAAACUUCUCAUAAAGAAA